UUACUUUAUCGUUAUUAUUUUUUUUUUAACCUUAACUUUGCUCUGGAAUAAGGGAAACUUUUUAACUCCGGAAACAUGUCGACGGGAGAAAGUUUUGAGUCUCGCUUUGAGAAAAUCGACGUGACUUUGAAGGACCCCAAAUCCGAAGUGAACGUGGACUGUUUGCUGGAUGGAUUAGAUGCUUUGGUAUAUGACUUGGAUUUUCCUGCCUUAAGAAAAAACAAGAACAUUGAUAACUUCUUAAACAGGUAUAAAGACACAGUAAAUAAAAUGAGAGAUCUGCGCAUGAAAGCUGAAGAUUAUGAAGUGGUGAAGGUGAUCGGUAGAGGGGCAUUCGGGGAGGUUCAGUUGGUAAGGCAUAAAUCUUCAAGGAGAGUGUAUGCUAUGAAACUUCUGAGCAAAUUUGAGAUGAUAAAAAGAUCUGAUUCUGCCUUCUUCUGGGAAGAAAGGGAUAUUAUGGCUUUUGCAAAUAGUCCCUGGGUUGUUCAGUUAUUUUACGCAUUCCAAGAUGACCGUUACCUUUACAUGGUGAUGGAAUACAUGCCUGGUGGGGACCUUGUGAAUUUAAUGAGUAACUACGAUGUUCCAGAGAAAUGGGCAAGAUUUUAUACUGCUGAAGUUGUACUUGCAUUAGAUGCAAUUCACUCAAUGGGUUUUAUUCACAGAGAUGUGAAGCCUGAUAAUAUGCUGCUAGAUAAAGCUGGUCAUUUAAAAUUAGCAGAUUUUGGUACUUGUAUGAAGAUGAACAAGGAAGGAAUGGUACGAUGUGACACAGCUGUGGGAACACCAGACUACAUCUCUCCUGAAGUAUUAAAGUCCCAGGGAGGGGAUGGUUACUAUGGGCGGGAAUGUGACUGGUGGUCAGUUGGAGUCUUCUUGUAUGAGAUGCUUGUAGGUGAUACACCUUUUUAUGCAGAUUCUUUGGUUGGAACGUACAGUAAGAUUAUGAAUCAUAAGAACUCCCUUACUUUUCCUGACGACAGUGACAUUUCUAAAGAGGCAAAAAACCUCAUUUGUGCCUUUUUAACUGAUAGGGAAGUGAGGCUAGGACGAAAUGGUGUAGAAGAAAUUAAAAGGCACCUUUUCUUCAAAAAUGAUCAAUGGGCUUGGGAAACUCUCAGAGACACUGUAGCACCAGUUGUGCCUGACCUAAGUAGUGACAUUGACACUAGUAAUUUUGAUGAUCUGGAAGAAGACAAAGGAGAGGAAGAAACAUUUCCCAUACCAAAAGCAUUUGUGGGCAACCAGCUUCCUUUUGUAGGAUUUACAUAUUACAGCAACCGUCGGUAUUUAGGUGUCCCUGCAGAAAAUUCCAAUGACAACAGAACAGGCUCCAGUGUGGACAAAAGUGUGCUGGAAAAUAUGCAGAAGAUGAUCUAUGAAUUAGAAGAACAGCUACAUAAUGAAAUGCAGUUGAAAGAUGAAAUGGAACAAAAGUGCAGAUCUUCAAACAUAAAGCUAGACAAGAUUAUGAAAGAACUGGAUGAAGAGGGUAAUCAAAGGAAGAACUUGGAAACAGCAGUGUCUCAGAUUGAAAAGGAAAAGAUGGUAUUACAACAUAAGAUAAAUGAGUACCAAAGAAAAUUUGAACAAGAGAAUGAAAAAAGGCGUAAUGUGGAAAAUGAAGUGUCCACACUAAAAGAUCAGAUGGAAGACUUGAAAAAAAUCAGCCAGCAUUCACAAAUUUCAAAUGAGAAGAUAACACAGCUACAAAAACAACUAGAAGAAGCAAAUGAUUUGCUGAGGACAGAAUCUGACACAGCUGCAAGACUGAGAAAGGGCAACACAGAAAUGAGCAAGUCAUUAAGUCAGGUAGAAUCACUGAAUAGAGAACUGCAGGAAAGAUGCAGAGUUCUGGAAAGCACAAAACUGCAGGUGGAGAAAGAUUAUUACCAACUACAAGCAGCUUUGGAGUCAGAACGAAGGGAUAGAAGUCAUGGAUCUGAAAUGAUUGGAGAACUACAGGUUCGGAUUACAGCUUUACAAGAAGAAGUAAAAAACAUUAAAAACAAUCUUGAAAGAGUGGAAGCAGAAAGAAAACAAGCACAGGAUAUGCUUAAUCAUUCAGAAAAGGAAAAGAAUAAUUUAGAGAUAGAUUUGAACUACAAACUGAAAUCCUUACAAGACCGGUUAGAACAGGAAGUGAAUGAGCACAAAGUGACAAAAGCGCGGUUAACUGACAAACACCAGUCAAUAGAGGAGGCAAGAUCAGUUGCGAUGUGUGAAAUGGAAAAAAAGAUAAGGGAAGAACGGGCAGCAAGAGAAAAGGCAGAAAAUAGAAUAGUUCAAGCUGAAAAACAAUGUUCCAUGUUGGACUUUGACCUGAAGCAAUCCCAGCAGAAACUGGAACAUCUUCUUCAGCAAAAGGAGAGACUGGAAGAUGAAGUAAGGAAUCUGACACUUAAGCUAGAACAAGAGACGAAUAAACGAAUAAUGGCACAGAAUGAAUUAAAGGCACAAGCUUUUGAAUCUGAUAACUUGAAGGGUUCUGAGAAGCAGUUGAAACAGGAAAUCAAUACCUUGUUGGAAGCAAAGAGAUUACUGGAGUUUGAGUUGGCUCAACUUGCAAAACAGUACAGAGGAAAUGAAGGUCAGAUGCGUGAGCUUCAGGAUCAGCUUGAAGCUGAGCAGUAUUUUUCGACACUUUACAAAACUCAGGUUAAGGAGCUGAAAGAGGAAAUUGAUGAAAGGAAUAAAGAAACACAAAGAAAAAUGCAGGAGUUACAAAAUGAAAAAGAAACACUCGCCACCCAGUUGGAUUUAGCUGAAACCAAAGCCGAGUCGGAACGGUUGGCACGGGCACUCGCUGAAGAGCAGUAUUAUGAACUGAACCAGGAGAGUAAAAAAGCUGCAUCAAGGCAUAGACAAGAAUUGACUGAUAAGGACAUCAUCAUAAGAAGGCUGGAAGAAACUAAUAACACUUUAACGAAAGAUGUUGAUUUAAUAACAAAAGAAAAUACAGAAAUCAGUGAAAAAUUUAGGAAACAAGAAGAAGAUUACAAAAUGAAAAAAGAGGAGGAAAUCAGUAAUAUUAGAAUGCAAUAUGAGAAGAGCAUAAACACUGAAAGAACUCUGAAGACACAGGCUGUCAACAAACUGGCUGAGAUAAUGAAUCGGAAAGAUUUUAAAAUAGACAGAAAGAAAGCUAACAUGCAAGAUUUGAGGAAGAAGGAGAAGGAAAACCGAAAGCUCCAAUUAGAACUUAAUCAAGAAAAAGAGAAAUUCAAUCAGAUGGUUGUGAAAUACCAAAAGGAGCUAAAUGAAAUGCAAGCGCAACUAGCAGAAGAAUCUACAUACAGGAAUGAGCUCCAGAUGCAGCUGGAUAGUAAAGAGAGUGACAUAGAACAACUACGAAGGAAAAUCGUGGACCUCCAGCAAGGAAUGGAUUCUACCAGUGUUGCCAGUCUUCCAACAGAUGAAACAGAUGGAAAUCUUUCAGAAUCAAGACUUGAAGGUUGGCUUUCAGUACCAAACAAAGGAAAUAUAAGGCGUCAUGGCUGGAAGAAACAGUAUGUGGUGGUGAGCAGUAAAAAGAUACUGUUCUACAAUGAUGAAAAAGACAAGGACCAGUCUAAUCCAUCUAUGGUACUAGAUAUAGAUAAGCUGUUUCAUGUCCGGCCUGUAACUCAAGGAGAUGUAUAUAGAGCUGAAACGGAAGAAAUUCCUAAAAUAUUCCAGAUUCUCUAUGCUAAUGAGGGGGAAUGCAGGAAGGAUUUGGAGGUAGAACCAGUACAGCCGGCAGAGAAGACAAAUUUUCUAAAUCACAAAGGCCAUGAAUUUAUUCCCACGUUAUACCACUUUCCAGCCAACUGUGAGGCCUGUGCCAAACCUCUCUGGCAUGUCUUUAAACCCCCUGCUGCCCUAGAAUGUCGAAGAUGCCAUGUGAAGUGCCACAGAGACCACUUGGAUAAAAAGGAAGAAUUAAUUGCACCAUGCAAAGUGAGUUAUGAUGUAACUUCAGCAAGAGAUAUGCUCUUGUUGGCAUCCUGUCAAGAUGAACAGAAGAAGUGGGUGACACAUUUAGUAAAGAAGAUCCCUAAGACACCACCAUCUAGUUUUGUUCGUGCUUCUCCUAGAACUUUGUCUACAAGAUCCUCAGCAAACCAGUCAUUCCGAAAAGUCGUUAAAAAUACUUCUGGAAAAACCAGCUAACCACAUGUACAGUGCUUGAUGGAACCUCACGGGAUGCAGAGAAACAGGGCUUUUUUUAACCACACAGAGCAGUGCAGAUGGGCUGUUGUUCCUUUCAACAUAACUAUCACAGGCUUCAGGGUUAAGAUUGCUAUUACUGUCUCCUCCUUGCUUUGGCACAAAAGCACGCUGAGGGUGUUUAAUUGCGGGUUUGCCUCAAGGUAGAUUAGAUUAAUUAUUACUAUGUAAUGCAAGUUAAAGCAAAUAAAGCUUAGCUAGGUAUAUAAAAAAGGUGCUGCCUUUUGGAUUUUUUCAAAAAAGCCUGUCAGUCACGAUGAAACGCAGCCAACUUUCUUCGUACCAGUGAGAGAAAAAGACUGUUAACCCUGUGAAGGGGAUAUUUAUGUCAAGAUGAGCAUAUGAAACGGAGUAGAAGAGGAAGGUUUCUGAGUGAGAAGGACUGCAAUUGCUUUCAAGACUCUUAAGUUGUGCUCUUGAAGACUGCAGAACUAGCUUAAAAUGAAGCCUUAUCACUUGAACUUCAGUGCCUUCACUGCAGAGUUCUUUACAGCCUUAAUGCUAACCACCCACUAUGGAAUGGAUCAAAGUGUUAAAUAUUUUGCAUUAUGCUUUACAAAAUACUGAUGCAGCAGGUUUGUAAAGGGGGGAAAACAAGCAAUUGCCUUUAAUCUAUGCAUUUUUGCCAAGCCAUACUGAAUUAUUUUAUUGUUAGAGGCAUUAGAAACUAACAGUAAAAAGAACCACCGAGUUUGGAAGCAUGUUUUAGGGUACAUCAUUUCUAUGACUGUAUAAUGUAUUGCCUUACAAUUUUAAGUGAUAACAUACAUUAAGUUAACAAACAUUUAAGAAUUAUAUGCACUGUUUGAACUGUAAAUUAUUCUUAGAACACUUUUACUUGGUUUUACAUUGUUCUUUUAGUGCCUUAAUUUGAGAUAAUUGUAUUAUUGCCAUGUCGAUAAAUGUAGAAACCUAAAACUAAACAAAAGAAACCUCUAAAAAGCUAUUGCAUAUCAGUAGUUUUUACUGAACUUUAAUUGGUUGAAGUAUUGUAGAUGCUAGAUGCAUUUCUAAAUUAAGUACAAUCUUUGAGUGAGAAUUCCUCUUACAAAGAAAGACUGAUUCUUGUUCAUAAGCCAAGAGAUAAGUAGGCAAUGCAGGAAACAAAAAAAAGAUGCAAAAGCUCUGGGUGAAAUUCAGGAAUUUCAUUAAAUGCUGUCAGACUCUUGCUUUGUAGCAGGAAUACAUUCAUGGUAUGGGCAGUAUGGUUUUAUUUUAUUUUAUUUCUUAACCAAAUACCUCCUCAAUAAUUUAUAUGGCUUUGCAGUUGUGUAUUAAAUAAGAAGCACUGGAAAACUGAUUCGUCUUCAGGACGAUUUGCAUGUUUCAAGUGGUAUUGAAAGCCGCACUGAUGGAUAUGUAAUAAUAAACAUAUCUGUUAUUAAUAUGGUAAUGACUCUGUGCUCAUUUAAUGAGAAAUAAAGUAAUUUAUGGAAAGA